AUGGCUUGUGCCAGGAUCUCCCAUAUUCCUACACCUGAGAAGGAACUACAGCCCUGGAAUGGAAAGACACCAGGUGGUCUUGACAGAAAGUUUCAUGUGUUCAUAUCUCAAUUUCUUUGCAGAAAUACCAGUGGAAAUUUCUCAAGCGUGGGUCCAUCCAUCCCAGCCUGGAUCACUGACAACAACACAACAAUGAAUAGAAGUUACUACACUGGAAACUUACACUGUGACACCAUGUACAAAAUCUUCAAUAUUCUUGCUGUCAUCAUUUGCGUGGUUGGGCUGGCAGGAAAUGCCAUAGUGCUGUGGCUUCUGGGCUUCCAUGUGCACAGGAAUGCCUUCUCUGUCUAUGUCCUCAACCUGGCUGGGGCUGACUUUCUCUACCUUUGCUUUCAGACUGUGUUUUUCCUGAGACAAAUCCUUUCACUGUUUGAUGUCAGCUACUUCCAUAUUCCAUACUUCACCCAUAUAUUAAUCUUUGCUUACCUUGCAGGUUUAUGUAUGAUUACAGUCAUCAGUGUUGAGCGAUGUCUGUCUGUUUUGUGGCCCAUUUGGUAUCACUGCAAACGACCAAGAUACAUGUCAUCUGUCGUGUGUGCCCUGCUCUGGGCCUUCACUCUAUUGUUAAGCCUGCUGUGGUUUGUUUGCAGUUUACUGCUUAGUGAUUACAAUUAUUAUUUCUGUUGGACUGUUGCUUUGUCCACUUUUGUAUUUAUAACAGUGCUAUCUGUGUUUCCUUGUGUAUUCAACCUGGCCCUGUUGGUCAGGAUCUUCUGCGGCUCACAGAGGAUUCCUGUGACCAGGUUGUAUGUGACCAUUGCACUCACAGUGCUGGUCUUCUUACUCUUUGGUCUGCCCUUUGGUAUGUACUGGAUAAUUUUCCUAUCAAGCGGGAAGUGGCCUAGUGUUUUCUCUUGCAAUAGUUAUAUACUUACAUCUUUCCUGUCCUGUGUUAACAGCUGUGCCAACCCCAUCAUUUACUUCCUUGUUGGCUCCAUUAGGCACUGCAGGUUCCAGAGGCAGUCUCUGAAGAUUCUUCUGCAGAGAGCCAUGCAGGACACUCCUGAGAAAGAAGAUGGAGAGAAGGGUUCUUCAGGAAACACUGGACAGCAGGAAACAGCCUUGUGUAGUAGUUGA